AACACGACUACCGACUAAAGACGAAACGAAACGAAACGACGACCGACGACAUGCGACCUGAGAUGCCGGAAACUUAAAAACUCAUAACUAAUCCUCAUAACUCAAAACUUCACCCGAAACAGGAAAUGUCGCGCUUCCUUCCCGAUUGUUUCGCAAUUUCCUAGCAUAAUAAUAAAAACAGUGAUGCAAUGGGCUGUGGGGAGGAAAGGGCAAUAUAUUCAAACAGUUAUUUCUCAAGUUUUUGAAAAGUAUACUGUUCAUUUGUCUUGUAGUAGAUCAGUAGUAUCAAUAAUAUGAAGGUCUAUUCUUUUCAAAAUGUUUUAGCAACCAUUGUGUGCUUAAGUAAUGUAGUUUUGGCAGGUGAUACUGCUCCGUUUAAAUUGGAAUUUGAAGUUAAAAGAGCUAAUUCCAAACGGGAAUUAAGAUUACAAGAUGAAAAUUAUGAUCAUUCACCUCGAUUAUUAGCAAAAAGAGAUGGUAAUGGUUAUGUUAAUAUGGAAAUUCUGAAUCAACAAACCUUUUAUUUGGCAAGUUUAAAAGUUGGAUCUAAUCAAGAUCCUGUAGGUGUAUUGGUCGAUACUGGUUCUUCUGAUUUAUGGGUUAUGUCUCAUGAUUUAACAUGUGUACAAUUGGAUCAAUCAGGAAACUCAAAGAGACAAACUAUAUUCGAAGAAUUAGAUGAAGGUGAAAAUAUUGAUGUGAAUUGUCUCUUUUCAAAAGAUUUUGAAAUUGAAAUUGAAAAUGAUAAAAGUAAUAAUGUUAAUGAUAUUAUAGAAGUUGAAGAGCCUGAAAUUAUAAACGAUGAAAUUGAAGAUAUAAACAAAAGAGAUACUAAUAAUUGGUGGCCAUUUGGAGGUAUUGGUGGUUCUGCUAUUCCUUCCGGUGUAUCAGUUUAUACAAUUUACUAUACUGGCGGAGGUGGUAAUCCUGGAGUUGGAGGUGGAUAUCCAACUCAAACUCAAGGACUUGGAACUCAAGGUCAAGCUCCUACUACUAAUACAUGUACUCAAUAUGGUUCAUUUAAUACUGGAAAUUCAGAUACUUGGCAAAAAAAUAAUACUGUUGAUUUUGAAAUUCAAUAUGCUGAUAAUUCGGAAGCCUUUGGAGUUUGGGGUACUGAUAAUGUAUUGGUUGGUAGUACGAAUGUUACUGGUUUAUCAUUAGCAGUUGUUAAUACUACUAGUUCUGAUGUUGGAGUUUUAGGUAUUGGUUUACCAGCUUUGGAAGUAACUUAUGCCAAUAGUGUAGGAACUAGUGGAUAUACUUAUUCCAAUUUACCUUUAAGAUUAAAAAAUUUAGGUAUUACUAAUAUUAAUCUUUAUUCAAUUUAUUUAGGAAGAGCUAAUGAUGCAGGAGGUAAUGUAUUAUUUGGAGCUAUUGAUAGAGCCAAAAUUUCUGGUAAUUUGACUACUUUACCAAUUAUUAAUACUUCAGGAUUUAAUCAAGCUGUUAGAUCACAAGUUGUACUUAAUUCUGUUUCUUUCUCUAAUGGUCAAACAAAUGAAACUCUUAAUGCCAAUACUUAUGCCGCUAUUUUAGAUACUGGUACUACUUUAUCAUAUUUCCCAACUAGUUUAUUACAAAAUUUGGCUGCAGCAUUAGGAGGUAGUUAUAGUAAUUCACUUGGAGGUUAUGUUGUUCCAUGUACUACAGAUCCAAACGCCGUUGUAUCAUUUAAUUUUGGAGGAUUUGUAUUAAAUAUUCCAUUAGGUAAUUUAUUACUUCCUGGUACAUCAUCAGUUUGUAUUUUGGGAAUUUUACCUCAACAAGAAACAUAUUUAUUAUUAGGAGAUAUUGUAUUAAGAAAUGCUUAUUGGGUUUAUGAUUUAGAUAAUUUGCAAAUUAGUGUUGCCGAUGUUAUUUUCACUGAUGAUGAAGAUAUCGAAGUUAUUACUCUGACUAUUCCUGGAGCCAUUAAAGCUGCUGGUUAUAGUGCUACUAGUGUUGGAAAUACCAUUGGUCUGCCAAAUCCUACAGCUUUAUCUUUUGCUACUGGUGCAUUAACUGGAGUUAAUGUUAAUACUGGAGCUGCCACCACUCCUACUGGUAGUUUUACUGGUAUUGGAGUUACUAAUAAUGGUAAUGCUAAUAAUUCACCAACUACUCAUGCUACUUCCGGAUCAAGUACAUCGACAUCUUCUAGUUCUACUUCAACUGGUUCAAGUGGGCAUUCAAGUUCAGGAGCCAAGACUUCAGGAGUUUCUUAUGUUGUAAUUCUUUUACUUGGUGGACUUUUCUUUACAUUGGUCUAGAUGGAUAUUAAAACGUUUUUGUUAUUUAUAUUUAUAUAUUAUUUAUAUACUAUUAUACAUCAUAAAUACGUAUGCAUUAUGCGUGUUACAUAUGUGUUAACUGUCAGAUGUGUGUUGACUGUCAGAUAUGUGUCUUGUAUAUUAGAGAUCUUAUCUGUAUAUGUAUUAUAUAUGCCUUAUACUGUAUGUGAUACAGGUUAUGUGAUACAUCAUUGUUACACUGUUUUAUAUACUUUAUAUUAUUAUUUAUUACACAUUAUUAUUAUAUAUUACUUAUAUUAUUAUAUUUUAUAUUUUAUAUUUUAUAUUUUAUAUUUUUUAUUUUAUAUAUCACUUAUCUAUAUUAUUAUUAUAUUACUUAUUAUUUAUUAUA